AUGAGAUCAUAGACCAUCACGGCCUUACAUUACUUGAUCUAGGUUGUUAAAACUCUGAAGCUAUGCAUGAUCAAACCACUGCAGUACACAUAAAUACUACCAAGCUAGAUCGACAGACCCAAACAUCAACAAAACCUGGUACCUGUUGCACCUACAUGUUCUCUACGGUAAGUGUGAGAACUGCCUGCGCAACCCUAUCCCACUUGGCUACAAUUAAAGUACUAAACGUACCAUAGUAUAAUGAGCAUCGUUGCCGAAGCAAAGACCCAGUCUGAGGCGCCACGGCAUGGCGUCACAACGAAUAUCAUUGUACAUUCUUGGACGCGUGAAGCAUUUUUGACGAUGUUGCACAGGCUAUCUCCAAUACGAGUUUCGUAUCUAAAUAAUUCUACCAAUAACAUAUAAUAUUUUUAUUUAGAUACACCACCACAAUCUGCUAUUGCCCGCACGCUCAUCGUCCAUCCAUAUCAACAGACGUCUCUGUUUUUCAACCGACGUUUGUUUCAGCUUGAUGUGUGUAGACUGUAGACGUGCAGACGAGUUACCGAUGUUGUUGAGACAGUCUGAGCCUUGACGAGAUUUGAUAACCAUGAUCUUUGUGGUAACCUGCGACCAAGCUCGAGCUCGUGAACAGCUAGCUUGGCAUCUCCCUCGAUCGAUCUGGCGAGCAGCCGAUGUUACUGUAGUUGAAACCCUAAAUCAGCUGGUUGUCGCACAUUCUACAUGAUCGACGUUGGUGAUUACAAGGGAAACUAAUUGGGUUGGUCGUGACUGGCUCCCGACACUGAGAAUGUGGAUCAACCUGCACUGCACUGCACUGCACUGUACUAAGGUAAGUGUUUGAACGAAAUUCCUUGCAUUCAGACUCGAUUGUGUGGAAUGUUCGAUUGUAACCUGACUUGUAGAAGUACAAUACACCAGCCCAGCUGCUUUUUGUUCUGUGUUGUCGGUGUGCUUCUCGGAGCAGCUGACGUUUCGUUAAUCGGGGAGCUAGGAUGCUGCCAUUUGAUCACGAAGAGAUUAUUGUUGGACGGCCCGGACGUUUUGACCGUGUCGGAGGGGUUCGUCGAAUUUUGUAGUUCAAGGGGGAACGUCACUAUAAUUUGGCAAUCACGUCAGAUUUUGAUGGAUACCUCGGCCCUUUCUUACUCUAGUGCCAACACGGGCAACCGGCACUGGAGCCGACCAGGCUCCGGCUUAUUAUAUAGCAGAAGCUCCUCCUGGCAAUGGAAUUGAGAGUACCGAUUGGUAGGCUGAGUCUUCUAGCUCCUUGACUCCUUACUUGGUUCACAUGACCCCAUCUUACUCUACCGACAGUGAGAAUUCCUUGGCUCCCUCUUACAACACUCAUUCUGAGAAUGUGAGCGGAGUUCUUCCGUCGUAUUCCUCGGCCCCUUCUUCCAUUGAUUACACAUCCGAGGAGUGUGAGGCUCCGAUGUUGACGUAUUCGCCAUUACCAGCCUCGGUCUCCUCUAGUGACGUUCAGGGUAUUGUUAACACGGCUGAGCCUCUUUUUUACACAAGUUCGGCUGCUUCGUCCAUUGAUUACACGUCUGAGAAUGUUAGUGAGGCUCCGGUCAUGUUGAUGUAUUCCUCAUCUCCAGCUUCGGGCUCCUUUGUGAAUGGCCAGAUUACUGUUAGCACAGCUCCCUUUUAUUCCCCGACCCCGGCCGCGGAUUCCUCCGCUGCCACUGGGAGCAUGAGCCUGGCUGAUCGAGAAGCUCUGUCCUAUGCUGCGGUCCCUUCAUCCACCGCCACUGAGAACAAGAAGGUGUUGUCCUAUUCCUUGAUUCCUUAUCCCGCUGGUACUGAGAACGGGGAGGCUCCAUUCUAUUCUUCAGGUCCUGCUUAUUACGGUGACGGUUCUUGUAGCAAGGGUCCGUCCUACGUUGCGGUAGCGCGGAGUGAUUCCGAAAAUACCGAGGCUCUGUUCUAUUCCUCAGUCCCAUGUAAUGACAAUAUGGAAGCCGAUAAUGCGGAUGUUCCAUUUUACACUGCAACCCCUCCUGAUACUGAUAUUGAUAAUCAGGAGUCUCCAUUUUAUACUUUAGCGGCAUCUGCCGGUACCAUGGUUCCAUCUUAUAACUUAACCAAUUCCCUUGCUAAUACUGAGAGUUCCGGGACCUCGUCUCAGACCAUGUCCCAAGCAAAUUACGACGGAACUUUUGAUCCUGUAGAACGGGAUGUUAUCGAGAUGUCUGCUUGGUUGUCUGCUUGGACUAUAGAAACUGCUAAUAAUGCUACUACAGAGACAGACCCACGAUGGUAUCUUCUUGAUAAUCCGCCUAAAGAUAUAGUGAAGGGCUCUGACGAUUGGUUUCACUACACUAUGUAUGAUUGUUCUACUCAAACCUAUUACUUUCCAAAUGGUGAGACCCAAUUCACCAGAAUUCCAUCUCAUGACCUAACGGGCUCUUCUAAUACUGAGAAUUAUGCUGACUCCUCGGCUCCAUCUUAUACUCCAACGUCUUCUUAUGAUGGUACAAUGCUGAAUCCUAAGUCUUCUUCGAGCGCCGAGUCUACAUCGGCUGGCUUACUUGAUCUGCCAUCACCUACGAUCACGAGCACGAUGAAUGAGUGGCGUCGGCUCUCCGACAUGCUCGUGCAGCAAGUGCUGUCGUUAUGCGCCACACUCGACUUGUGUAGGUUUCGUGCGGUAUGCAAGAGAUGGAACUCUCUGAUCUGCGCGCCAGAAUGUGGAAAAUUUCUUUGUUUCCGGAAUGCGAAUGAAGAUGCUCGUUACAUCAUCGGGCGUUGUUUUCACCAACACUUUGAGACAAGCCUUACUGACAUUGAUGGCAGUACGCUUAAAUACAUUAAGGUUGUUGGGUGGAAAAUAUUUGACCUGAAUGACAGGCGGUGGUACACAUGGAAGGGGCCUUUACUGAGCACUUAUUCCAAUGACCACCCUCUGGUUUCGGAUGAGGAUUUGAUCGUAUUAUGCGGCACCACUACAAUGGCUGCUGCUAAUGACCAUCCUCUGGCUUCGGAUGAAGGUUUAGUAGUAUGUUGCUCUGUGUUGGCCGGUACAGCAACCAUUUCCGAGAUAGUCAUUACUAACCCCAUUGUGAUGACCAAAAUGGUACUGCCAAUGCCAGUGGCAUGGAAUAAUCUCUAUUUAUCCAGUUUUCUAGUAAAUCUGGCCGUUGACAGCAUCUCCCAGGCCUACAAGAUUUUCCUCAUCAACAGAUAUGAAGACCCCUUUAUGUGUGUUUUUGCUUCCACUACCAAUCAAUGGCGGAUCUCGAGUAACCCGCCCGUGCUGCGGCUGCACGAUGGGGCAGGGGCUCAAGCACACAGCGUCAUAUUUCAGGGGCAGUUGUACGUUUUGUUUAAAACUUAUCGUGUCCCUGGGUCAAAUGAAGGGUGGCCAUUCAAAUUUUGGCUUCAUAGAUACACCUUCCUGGAGGAUUUUUGGACAGAUUGCGGAGUGGACUUCCCGGAGUGGCCAGAUAAUGGUAUUGAUCGAAAGGAACUCGUUGUCAGCAGAAAUCGCUUGUUUGUGGUGAGCGGACAUACGUUGCAUCUGGAGACGAGAGAAGGUUCGAUUAGAAUGCUGGAUCCAUUAAGUGUAUUCGAAAUUUUGCUCGCAGAUGGCACCUUCAUCACAGAGUCCCAUUUGGCAGAACCUUCGUUCGAUGCGCAAGAGCUGGAGGUGGAUGGCCCAACUGACGAAUUCUUUGAUGCGAAACUUGGGGAGCAGGUGGCUGUGAGAUCAUUCGUUUUUAACCAGGCGUUUGGUUUUGGCAAUUCCAUUAUGCUUACGUAUAGAUGGCUUGGAUUCUCGAUAGUAUAUAACGUGGAGACACGUUUGUGGGAAUUAUUGCCUACAGAUCCAACUGUUGAGUUGUAUGGGAAUGUGAUGCCUCUGCGUCCACCUAGAACCUUUGGUAAACCAAUCGCAGGAGAAUUGGUGGCAUUGAAUGAUUCCUGAGCACAACUCAACAAAGGAAAGUUUUAUUUUUGUAUAUUUACCCCACUAUGAAGUCGAUGCGUAAAGUGUUGAGAAUUGCUGGAGAUGGAUCAUGAUGAGUGUGGAGUCCAUGACUAAGAUAGCCAUGGUUUGCAAGUUCUAGUGCCCAACUUUAGAUUAGCUUUGCAGCACAUUGUAGUAAGUUACUACCACUUAGAAAAUAGAUAGACUUUCUUCACGGACUUUCUUCACAGGAAUGCUUCAGCAUUGAAAACAUUCAAGUUAGUUCCUUUAUAUUCCAGUUUGUUUGUUCCCAUUUCUAACAUGUGAUAGACCAUUUCCUUUAAACUAACAGUGACAAUAAAUUUUGCUUUUGUCAAA